AUGUGCCACACCAGCUGCUCCUCAGGCUGCCAGGCUGCCUGCUGCACACCCAGCCCCUGCCAGGCGUCCAGCUGCGUGCCAGUGAGCUGCCAGCCAGCCGUGUGCACACCUGUGAGCUGCAGGCCCGCUGUGUAUGUGGCCCCCUCCUGCCAGUUCUUGGUGCGUGUGCCAGUGAGCUGCAAUCCAUCUGCUUCUGUGGCUCCCUGCUGCCAGCCCUCCGGGUGCUGCCAGCCCUCCUGCUCCACCCUGGUCUGCAGACCUGUCUCCUGUAGCUCCCCUUGCUGCUAUUGA